AUGGUGUCUGCCGCACAGCCAGAGCCAGCAAAGAUUUUGGCAAUCGGUUCGCCACUGUCCCAGCUCACGACACUGCAGCAGAAGGUCGAGGCCAUUAACGCGAAGCAUGGUCCCUUUGAUGCGUGCAUCGUCGUCGGCGACUUAUUUAAGGCGGAUAGCGACGGCUCAGAACUGAGCGGCAUCAGCCGCAAGUCGAACAUCCUGACUACGGCGCAGGGGCUGAAGAUCGCUGCGGUCGGAGGGGCGUAUGACGAGGCGACGUUCGCUUCUCAUGACAACACGUCUCCCGUGAUGACAAAGGCGGGCAACCAGAGCGUGCUGUCGCAUUCUGUCCUGUCGCCUGCAGCAGACGGCUCGCUGUCCGCCGCGAAGGACGCGGCCUCAGCCCUGCCGUCAGCCUUCCAGGGCGUCGAUGUGCUGCUGACAACUUCGCCUCCACCAUCUCUGUCCCUUCUCUCCCCUUCCUUCUCCACCUCCGGCGUGCAGCUCGCCAACCCCGCCCCGCCUUUGACAGAUGUGGUGAAGGCCUCUCGCCCGCGGUAUCUCUUCUGGUCCGGGGGACCCGGAUUCUGGGAGCGCGAGCCGUUUGGCUGGCCGGGACCCAGUGGGAAGGAUGAGCGGUGGACGCGGGCGAUCAAGCUUGGUCCCCUUGGCGCGAUCGCCGACGGAGGCAAGCCUGCUCGGUCUGCCCCCACAGACGGCAACGACCGCGCCCCCGGUGCGGCCAGCAAAUGCGACUCCCAACCCACUGAGACCAUGCCAAGCGGCUCGGCGGGUAAGAAGCGCGCAGGCGACGAGGCCGAGGGCGACGCGAAGCGCGGCAAGACCGAGGAGAAGAAGGACCGCGGCCCGCCGCCCGACAGCUACGUGUGCAAGAUCUGCCAUAUCCCGGGCCACUGGAUUCAGGAGUGUCCCGACCGCGCCGACAAGGACAAGGAGAGCAGCGACCCGUCAAAACCCCGCGAGGGAAGGGACGCGGACGGCCGCCACCCGCUGGAUAUGUCUGCAAGGCGUGUGGCGCCAAGGAGGAGCACUACGUCAAGGACUGCUCUGUCGUGCGCGAGAGGGAGCAGCAGCGGGGGAAGCGCAAGGAGCUGGGACCUGCAGAGCUGGUUCUGCCUCUCCAAUCCCAAGGUGACGAAGCACCUCAUUGUCGGCAUUGGGAAGGAGACCUACGUCACGUUGCCGAAGGGACAGCUAAUCCCGACACACGGCGCGGCGCCUCUGGUCCCGGGUGGUGGCCACGUCUUGAUCAUUCCCAUCGCGCACCACCCGACCCUGCUCUCCAUCCCGGCGUCCGAUGCCCUCGAGAUCGUCUCGGAGGUGGAAGCGUACAAAUCCGCCCUCCGCGACUGCUACGCGGCCUACGGCGCCGUCCCCGUCGCGUUCGAGGUGGGCCGCCUGGCCGGCCGCGGCGGGCACGCCCACGUCCAGGUCAUACCUGUGCCGAAGGAACUUGGGCCCGGCGUCGCCGAGGCGUUCCGUAAGGCUGGCGAGGCCUCAGGAUUGGCAUGGGAGGACGAGCCGGAGCGCGCGCUCGCACGCGUCGGCCCCGCGGGCAACUACUUCAAGGUCGAGUGUCCGGAUGGCACGAAAAUGGUGCAUCUGCUCAAGGGCAACUUUGACCUGCAGUUUGGCCGCAUGGUGCUUGCUGGAAUCCUGGGGCUGCAUCACCGCGUCAACUGGAAGGACUGCGUGCAGUCUGAGGGCGAUGACAAGGACGACGCGCAGAAGUUUAAGAAGGCCUUUGCGCCGUAUGCUCCGUCAUAA